CGCAUAGCAUCCUAUUUCCAUCGACAUUUUAUCCGCAAACACAGACGAAGGGACAUAUUACCUCAUAGACAUGGCCCCCUCCGUCUUCGGUGCCUUGCAGCCCAUCGCAUCGCUUGUCUCGCGCGACGAGACGCCCGAUCAGACCGACCAGAAGAAGCUCACGCCGACGCUCAUAGGCGGCAUCGUCAUCGCAGCCGUGCUCGCGGUGCUCGCGGUGGGCGCGCUCCUGUUCCGUGUCUUCCGCAAGAGGGCGUCCUCGAAGCGCGAGGCCGAGCGCGGCGCCGCGUUCCUCAACGUCCGGGGGCUCGUCAGGGAAGACGACCAAAAGAGCUCCGGCCUCGCGAUGCACGGCGGCCAGUUCUCGCGCGAACAGAUGACGGAGAGCGUCGUGCUUCCCGCGCGGGUCGUCAUCCACGCGGACGGCGCGGACGCGAACAAGGAGAUCCUCGACCACUACGCCGCGCAGGGCGCGCUCCCGAAGCCGUUCGCGCCGUUCAUGGGCAGCACGGCGCGCCUCGCUGCGCCGUCCCCGGAGGAGGAAAAAUCCGCGAACCGCCAGAGCACGGCGUCGUGGAUCUCCAUCUCGCGCAACUCACUCUUCGCACCGUCCAACCGCUCGUCGAUCUCGUCGAUCGCCAGCAGCAUGGUCUCCAGCAGCGCCGGCGGCGACAAGCGCAAGGUGCGCCAGAUGUUCAACCCCGUCCUACCCGACGAGCUCGUGGUGUCAUUGGGAGAGUCUCUUACUGUUGUCAACUCGUUCGACGACGGCUGGUGCAUCGUCGGCCGCGACAGCGUGUUCAAACCUGGCGAAGUCGAGCUUGGUGCGAUCCCCGCGUGGUGUUUCAUGAAGCCCGUACAAGGCCUGCGCGCCGAGCGUCCUAUGCGUACCUCCAGUCUGGGUGUCACCGUCACCCUCGAGGCCGAGCCCGGGGCUCGCAACGAUGUCAUAUCUUGGUCCAACUUCUAGGCCCAUGCUUCUGAUACCCACAUGUUGUUUUCUUCAAGAUCUGCUUGUCAGCGUGAUGCCGCUGUAUCACUAUCCCCGAGGCUCGGGCAGGCUGCUGCUAUAGCUUAUUGUUCUUUCUCCCCUGUAUUGCUGGUACAUCUUUGCCAUUGCUCGCAGUUACCCCCGCAGAUGACUAUUUGGAUGGAGCUGGGCUCAGCGGUUACACACCAUCCCACACUCGCUCUCGUGUGUACUUUCGGGCUCCCCGUAUCAUGUUUGCUGAAUAUUUAUAUCAACGCCUAGUCGCGUUGUUGCAGGUCGUAUCGACGAUGAUCGUCUCAGAAUAAAAUAUG